AUGGAGCUACGCGGUGUGACAGUGGAGGAAGGAGGGAUGCAGGAAAGGGAGAAGGAGCCCUAUUGGGCAAAUGUUCCCUUCGGGAACGAUAACCCAACAGCACAGUCCUCUGCCACCAGUGAGCCAUUUCUCGCAACAAAUGGCUCUGCAACAGGUUCACCUAAAGAUCAAUAUCAAAACCAACAAGCUAGCCAUCACAUGCUUUCUUCCCAUCCCAUUCAUCCCGCGAGUACGCCAAUAUCCACAUUUAAUGCUGUGGGCCCUCAAGAAUGCAUAACUUUCUUUGAUGCAGGCAUGGAAGAUCGUACUCCAUCCCCACCAACUUCCGACCGUAGUUCUCCUGCUAACGGGGUAAUGGGUGGAAACAUUGUAUACGAAAGCAACACAAUGUCUCCGUUUUCUACUCACAGUCCAGUAAAUGGCUUGGCGAUGGCUCAACAGCAGCUAAAGUCGCGAAGUAAAAUGCACGAAAUGGCAGUACGUCAAAGGCUUAUCACUGAUCAGGUAUGUUGA